AUGCAAACGCUUUCGGAAGCAGCAGGAGAAGUGCCUACUUGUAUCGUGAUCGAUGACAACGACAAGGACGUCGAACAAGGAACGACCCCUUCGUUGCGAACCUCUUCAGACCAGCACAAAUUGCCAAAAGUCCAUCGUCCGCUAUCAACUAUCAUCCGCAAGGCCGAGUUCGUCAUCGACGGGGACAUCUGGACGGACCACCUCUCCCAUCAGAAGAAGAACAGUUUAAAGCACAUGCCGUACGCUGCAUGUGGGCCGUCCUCUCAGCGGAAACGGGACGAGGUGAUCAACGACAUCAACUUCAUUACCGGCGAAACGUCCAAGCGGGCCUGGUUCACGUGUAUUCCGCUGCGAUUCCGUCCCGCCAAAGUUCCUGAGGAUGCUAAGGAUUGCAGUACGGCUUUACUGCAGGACAUCCUCUUCUGUCUUGAAAGGACCAACGACAGACGCAAGUUAGCCGAGCAGACGGCCAAGCUUGCGGCCGCUCGUAGGCCAUCGAGUAAGCACGAGUCGCCUGUUACAACACAAAGUGUACCGCCGCCUGCCAAGAUGCACGAAGCGCACUCCCAGCGCCUGUCAACACUGAAACAAAGCGAUACCCGAGGAAGCUCCAGUGUCAAUGCUGAGCGGGUCGAGCAGCCAGAACACUCGGAACAGCCAGAUAGUCGCAAGCGGAAACAUGAGGACGAUGACAUAAGUGCAUCAAAGAAGCUCGACACAGGCUUACGAGUCCCAGCCAGGAUCCAGACAUCUGAAGAUGCGGCGAUACAACGCAAAAAGAAUGAAGCAGGCUUAGCCAUUAUGCGACUGGAGGCUAAAGUGAAGAGCUUGGCGAGAACGGGUGGGAGUUCGGAGGAGCACAAGGAGAGCAAGGCCGAACUGACAGUUUUGAAGCUGGACUUUGCGUUGAAGUAUGGCAUGAAUGACCAUUUCAAGAGCAAUCAGCUCGAUGACCGUUCGUAUGCGAACAGAACAUCCUCACGGCAUCCGAAGUCCAGAGAUAUUUACUCUCGACCGACCUCAUCAUCGAUCCUUUCAGCCAGACGCGACACUCACAAAGAUGACGGACCCGAGCCGGCUGUGGGCUACAAAUUCGAUCCGGUCAUGUACGAACAAGUGUGGAAAGACCAUAUGAAACAACGCCCCACUCCAAGACAAAGGUACAAUCACUCAGCGUUUGAGGAAUUGAGCGACAACUCCAAGCACCAAAGACGUCGUCAGAAGGAGGCAAUCGACAAGCUUACUGGGCGAGACUGUACGCUUUCGUACUCCAAUCACAUCCCAAGAGCAUACCGACCAGUGGAUCUUCCGAGGUAUGCAGAGGACUGCAGUGGAGACUUGCUCAAAGUCAUUGCCUUUUGUCUUCGGAAUACCAAGAAGAUCCGCAAGAAGGGAGAAAAGGUCUCCAAGAGCGGAAAUUCUGCAGCCGAGCGUGAGCAUAUGCCGGCCAAGAAGACUUCGAGUAAGCAAGAGAUAUUGUCUCUGACCCGAUUGGUACCAGCACCGAUGAAGGAGCAAGACGCUCCAUCAAAAUCGCAAAAUUCUGUCAAGAGCAGCAGGCGCCUUGACAGUCCUGAGAAUGCUGUGACCUCUCCACCAACGAUUGACACUGAAAAUCGCAAGAGGAAGCUCAUGGUUUUCAAGUGGGGAACGUCGACUAGCAGUGAUGCGAGACCACAAGAUCCAGUUGUGAGGAACAGAGAUGCUGUGGAUGAGCGCAAAAAAGAGGAAGCAGGAUUGGCUAUCAUGUCAUUGGAGGCCGAAUUGAAGAGGCUGGCAAAGACCAGCAGAGCCUCUGAGGAGUAUCAGGAGAAGCAAGAGGCCUUGGUUGCUUCGAAGCUACGUUUUGGACAUAGACAUGGCAUGAAUACAAGAGCAGGCCAUUUCCUGCCUUUCACUCCAAACAUCUGCAAACCUCCCCUCGAAUCCAAAGUACACCAUGGCAUCGAACUCUCUCACCUCCGUCUUGAAGGUCUCCAAGCAACGACAGCCGAGCUCCGAAACGACUAUCCGGUCCCUCCGCAGAAGAGGCUCAAUCGAUCUCCGUCCAUCUGGAACAACAGGCAUCGUCACUACAGUCGGCAAGACAGCAAGGUCAAUCGCCACGAAUGCUUCAACAACCUCAGUCUCCGAUCCCAAGACGAGCGAUUGACGGUUUUCAACGAGAUUGAACAGGUCGUGGGCCGGGAAGUCCAAUGGAUCCGCGACCUUGGUCGGGCUCCUGGUAUUGCGGUUCAUCCUUUAGAUCUGAGUCUGCCGUACUUGACGGCUCUGGCCAAGCUGUACAAGGAGGUCAGUGGCGAUGAGGUGAAGGCGUUUCACUUUCAACGAUUGGCGGCUGCAAGGAAUGCAGGUUGA